AUGCACCGCGUUGACCCCUCACUGGACCUGCGAGAUGGGGUAGACAGGACAGAUUUCUUUGAAGCGGCGAAGGCGAAGACAGAGGCCCACGGACUAGAGCUAUACAGCAUUUUUAUGGCGGGCUGGGAUGAAAUUGGGUUGGGGCUGCCGGAUCGGGAUGAGAAAAUCGAGGCGUGGUGUACAAUGCUUCGGGGCAUCAGCGCGGCUGGUAUCCCGGCGCUAGGAUACAAUUUCAAACCGAUGGGGAAUUUCCGCACAACAUCCGCCAAAGGUAGAGGGGGCACCUCCUACAGCACCUUUGAUUACGAUGAGUUUGCACAGGAUCGCCCCAAACCACACGACCCACCGGUCUCGGAGGAGGAGAUGUGGGAGCAUAUAACGCACUUCCUCGAAGGGGUGAUUCCGAUGGCUGACAAAGUCGGAGUCCGGAUGGCACUGCACCCGGAUGAUCCGCCGAUCCCUGAACCGUUGGGGGGCGUAGCGCAGAUUGCAUCAACUCUUGACCAGUACCGGCGGAUUUUCGACAUCGUUCCAUCCGACUCCAACGGAAUGCUGUUCUGUCAGGGCUGCGUCACUGAGAUGGGGGUAAAUGUGUAUGAAGCGAUUCGGGAGAUGGCUACUAAAAACAAGAUCGUCUUCGUUCACUUCCGUAAUGUCCGCGGAUGCCUGCCAAGUUUCCAAGAGGUUUUUCUUGAUGAAGGCGAUAUAGACAUGCACCGAGCGAUGGCGAUCUAUCGAGAUGCAGGCUUUAACGGUCCCUUUAUGAUGGAUCACACGCCGGGAUUUCCGCAGACAGACGCGGGCAGAGCAGGACAGGCAUACGCAGUCGGAUAUAUUCGGGGGUGA